GAUUGAAGCACUUCCUCUUUGACAGUAAGAGGCUGUUCCGAGCUGAGUUGGUUCUCAAUAACAGGGAAGAGCCAUUUCAGUGAGGUUUCAGCAGCAGUGAAGGGAACAUGUCUUUUGUGAGCACUCUGCGGCAGUGGGAUGAAGCAGUGGCUUAUGCAGAGAAAGGAGAUGUAGCCGCAGCCCUCAGGACAUUCCAGGACAUUGAGGAGAAGACUUCUAAAAUCGCCUUCAACAUUGGAUGCCUCCAUCUGAACGCUGAUGACUUUGAGGCUGCUGAGAAGGCAUUUGACUGCAGUAUCAGAAAAGAUGAGCAUCUGGCUGUGGCUUUUUUUCAAAGGGGAAUUACAUUCUACAAAAAAGAAAAAUUUGAGGAAUCACUUCUGGACUUCCAGCAAGCCUUUAAGGAGCUAAGAGGAAACCAGUUGAUAGACUACAAACCUCUUGGCCUGAGGUAUAAACUUUAUGCUAGUGAGGUGCUGCACAAUAUUGGUCUUCUCUAUGCCAACCUGGGGAAAUGGGAACAGGCCCAGGAGAACCUGUCAGCUGCUCUUAAUGUUCGCACUGAAGCCAAAUCCAGCCACAUUGACAAAGCCCUGGAGUCCAUUCUGAAGCAGAAGCUCUUUUCUCUGGCAGUGAUUAAGCCAGGCCUUCUGUUCAAACCCAAUAAGAAGUAUGUGGCAGAGCUUGAGAAAAAGGACUACCUUGGAAAGGCCAAGGUUCUGUCUUCUGUUGUUCCAGCUGACAGUUUCUCUGGGUUCGCCCCUCUACAGCCUCAGGUUGAAGAUGUACCAGCUACACCUAAGGCUCCUGAAGUACUGAGGGCACUCGAAGGUGAGCCACACACUGUUCUGUACGAGUUCAUACCGGAGACCAAAGAGGAGUUAGCAGUGUUGCCAGGCAACGUCGUUUUUGUUCUUCAGAGAGGGGCUGACAACUGGGCAUCUGUUAUCUUCAAUGAAAGGAGAGGACUAGUUCCAUAUAAUUUCUUGGAACCCUUGGAUAUUACAGUGGCAUCCAGGGUCAUGCCGGUUACACCAGUCCAGAGCAAUGAAAACAUACCUGCCCCACCAAGAAGAGAAGCACCAAGUAAACCUAUGAACGGAACUGAAGCUUCCUUUGGGUGCAUUGUGAAAGUGCAUUUUGUGUUUACGAUAGCAAUCUGCAUUAAACCGGGCCAGCCAUAUCAAACCAUGCUCCAGAAGAUCAGCACUAAAGUCAAACGACCUGCUUCUGCACUUACUCUGAGCUAUGUGAAGCCUGGCUCUGAAAAGAGAGAGACUGUUGACGAGUCAGAGAUGGAGUUGCUGUGGAGCUGCAUAAAGAAAAAUCGCCUGACGCUGUGGUGCUCAGCUACGGAGGAUAAAAGUGUAACUCAGAAGAAAAUGGUGGCUCUGUACUCUUAUGAAGCUUCCACACCAGAAGAUCUGGAGUUCAGCCAAGGUGAUGUCAUCACCAUCCUCUCUAAUGUCAAUGAAGAGUGGCUGGAAGGGGAGUGCAAUGGGAAGAUUGGUAUUUUUCCCUCAACUUUUGUUACAGAUCAAGUAGGCUGAGGUAUUGCUGAAACCAAUCGAAAAAAAAAAAAGAAAGAAAAAACAACCAAGAAAUACAAAAAUAAUUUAAAUAACUGGUUCUGCUUAUCACAUUAGUUAACAUUAACAUGUGAUACUUUUAAAUUUUACUCAAUUCAUGAAAUACUUUUACAAAUGACAAAAUAAAUUAAAAUCUGUAUGCUUUUAUAUUGUCGUUAUGCUGCAAAUAAAUUAUUUUAAG